AGGCCAUGGGACAAGUUUAUUUCCAAGGUCACUCCCAACUCUAGUGUGCUUUUUAUGAUUCAUUCAUUGUACAUUUAUUAGGUGCUGGCUUAUGUGCCAACACUGGUUUAAAGAUACAGAGAUAAAUAAGUUUCUGGCCUUGAGUGAGACCCAGUGAAUGGUGACAGUAUAAUGUGAUAAGUGCUAUAAUAGGAGAAUGUGCAAAGUGCUUUUUGAACAAACUGAGGGCUAGGAAUUAAGGAAGGCUUCCUCUCCGAGGUCAUAUUUGAGUCAAUUCUUAAAGAGUAAAUAGUUUAGUGAAUUCCCUGGUGACACAGUGGUUAAGAAUCUGCCUGCCAAUGCAGGUGACACGGGUUCAAGUCCUGGUCCGGGAAGAUCCCACAUGCAGCGGAGCUACUAAGCCUGUGCACCAUAACUACUGAGCCGGCGCCCUAGAGCCCAGGAGCCACAACUACUGAGCCUGCAUGCCACAACUAAUGAAGCCCGCGAGCCUAGAGCCCGUGAUCCGCAACAAGAGAAGCCACUGCAAUGAGAAGCCUGCACACCACAAUGAAGAGUAGCCCCUGUGCACCGCAACUAAAGCCCACGUGCAGCAACGAAGAUCCAACGCAGCAAAAAAAAAAAAAAAAAAGUAAAUAGUUUACCAUGCAAGGAAGGAAGAAGGACAUUCUAGGAAGAGCAAAUCACAGAGGAAUGAGUAAGCAAGCAUUGCUUGUUUUGGAAUGGCCAGGACAUUUGCUACAAGAUCCUAUUGCACCCACCAACUCCACCUGCCAGCACUAUGUCUGCAAAAGUUGUAAAGGCAAGAAAAUGAUGAUGAAACCUUCAUGUAGCUGGUGCAAAGACUAUGAGCAGUUUGAGGAAAACAAGCAGUUAAGCAUCCUAGUGAACUGCUACAAAAAACUAUGUGAAUAUAUAACACAGACUACAUUGGCACGGGAUAUAAUAGAAGCAGUCGACUGUUCUUCUGAUAUUUUGGCUUUGCUUAAUGAUGGAUCAUUGUUUUGUGAGGAGACGGAAAAACCCUCAGAUUCAUCCUUUACUUUGUGUUUGACACAUUCCCCUUUACCUUCGACCUCAGAACCCACAACUGAUCCUCAAGCUAGUUUAUCUCCAGUAUCUGAAAGCACCCUCAGCAUUGCUAUUGGCAGUUCUGUUAUCAAUGGUUUGCCUACUUAUAAUGGGCUUUCAAUAGAUAGAUUUGGUAUAAAUAUUCCUUCACCUGAACAUUCAAAUACAAUUGAUGUAUGUAACACUGUUGACAUAAAAACUGAGGAUCUGUCUGACAGUUUGCCACCUGUCUGUGACACGGUAGCCACUGACUUAUGCUCCACAGGCAUUGAUAUUUGCAGUUUCAGUGAAGAUAUAAAACCUGGUGACUCUCUGUUACUGAGUGUUGAGGAAGUACUCCGCAGCUUAGAAACUGUUUCAAACACAGAAGUCUGUUGCCCUAAUUUGCAGCCCAACUUGGAAGCCACUGUAUCCAAUGGACCUUUUCUGCAGCUUUCUUCCCAGUCUCUUAGCCAUAAUGUUUUUAUGUCCACCAGUCCUGCACUUCAUGGGUUAUCAUGUACAGCAGCAACUCCGAGGGUAGCAAAAUUGAAUAGAAAACGAUCCAGAUCAGAAAGCGACAGUGAGAAAGUUCAGCCACUUCCAAUUUCUACCAUUAUCCGAGGCCCAACAUUGGGGGCAUCUGCUCCUGUGACAGUGAAACGGGAGAGCAAGAUUUCUCUUCAACCUAUAGCAACUGUUCCCAAUGGAGGCACAACACCCAAAAUCAGCAAAACUGUACUUUUAUCUGCUAAAAGCAUGAAAAAGAGUCAUGAACAUGGAUCCAAGAAAUCUCACUCUAAAACCAAGCCAGGUAUUCUUAAAAAAGACAAAACAGUAAAGGAAAAGAUUCCUAGUCAUCAUUUUAUGCCAGGAAGUCCUACCAAGACUGUGUAUAAAAAACCCCAGGAAAAGAAAGGGUGUAAAUGUGGGCGUGCUACUCAAAAUCCAAGUGUUCUUACAUGCCGCGGCCAACGCUGCCCUUGCUACUCUAACCGCAAAGCCUGCUUAGAUUGUAUAUGUCGUGGCUGCCAAAACUCCUAUAUGGCCAAUGGGGAGAAGAAGCUGGAGGCAUUUGCUGUGCCAGAAAAGGCCUUGGAGCAGACCAGGCUCACUUUGGGCAUUAACGUGACUAGCAUUGCUGUGCGCAAUGCUAGUACCAGCACCAGUGUAAUUAAUGUCACAGGGUCCCCAGUAACAACGUUUUUAGCUGCCAGUACACAUGAUGAUAAAAGUUUGGAUGAAGCUAUAGACAUGAGAUUCGACUGUUAAAUCAGUGGGUCUUUAAACCUACCUCUGGUAGGGAAAUAGCUACAGUUUUACGGCAGCUAUGGUUUUGUUGGUUUAACUUGCCGGAGCUCCUGCAUAUAGAUCACUUGUAUCAAGUGUUUUCAUUGCUAAGUUAUAUGUGUUAGUGUCGGGGAAAUAGUUUGCAGAUAAUGGAGGAGUAACCCUACAACUAUAUGUCUUUAGUUCUUACAGAACCUCAUAGUUUGAGAACAAAUGCUGAUGCAACUGAUUUAUACAAAACGAACUUUGGCAAGGAAAAUAACAUUAACCUCACUGUUUAUGGUCAUGCUUUGUGCAUAAUCAAAGUUUAUGAUUAAACGUAAGGAAGUGGUAUCUAGUCAGUCCAUAAAGAUUGUGCUCAUAUUUUGUGAAAAAGUAGCCAUUAGUUUGUUCAGGAGACUCAGUGCUGCCUUCAGAUGCCAUUGAUGUUUCUCCUGUUGAAAAGCUGAUGUGUCCAGCUCAACCUUUGUGCUGACAUAAUACCAUUUCUGAUCAUGAAAAUUGGCUACUGGUGUAUGUAGCAGUUCUUAAAUCAGCAGUAUUAUGAAAGAAAAUUUGCCCCUCAUUAGAAUGUUGAAGAAAUCUGUCUUUUAAAAGUAAACAAACUGAAAUUCUGUCAGACUACAGAUGUUUAGCUGUUUAUGCCACAAAACUCUUCUGAGUUGAUCCCCAUUUUUAGUUAAGUUUGACUCAUUUCUAGGGAAAAAACCAAAUCCUUCCUUCACUUUGAGCAAUGUUCUAAUCAGAUAAAUGAAGUGGAGAAGAACAGUUCUAUUCUGAAGGUAAUUGAAUUUAGACUAUGGUAUGUGACAGAAUUUUUUUAAAAAUUAUUUAAAUGUUUUAUUUAGAAAUUGGGAUUUAUUUAAAAUAAUUUUGGAAUAAUGCUCCAAAAGUUACUCAGAUUUAUGCAUUAUACCUAUUGCCAUUGGCCACUUCAAAGUGAUUUUUGUUUCCUCUGUUUGCGACAGACUUUAUUUUGAAUAUGCUUUUUUUCUUUCUUUCCUUUUUUUUUUUUUUUUUAGGGUGCUAUUCGUUGUGGAGACUUCUUUAUAGAGGCCUAAUAAAAAUGCCUUUUUAUGAAGCCUGUGCAUUUAGGUGGGUUUGAAGCUAGGAGGAUAUUCUUUAGAAUACUCUUUUGCAUGUAAAGCACAAACUAUGUUUCAGUUUAAAUGCACUUCUUCCCUGUAAUUUUUAUGGGGGAGAUAAAUGAGUCACAACAUUCUGUUGAAGGGAAAUCUAGUCAGUUGCUUGAAAGAGCACAGCCCAAAUAAAACAAGGACUGACUAGGUUGUAAAGAAAUGACCUUAUGAUUUAAAAGAAGUUGCUGCUUUGACAGUGCUUAUUUAAAGAAAAAUACUGCUGGAAAAUUUUCAGUUUCUACUACGUUCACCAUCUCUCCUGAGAUCUGACAUAUGUUGAAGUUAUGUUUUGAUUUGGCACACAGCAUGUUCAAUGAUGGUUACUCACCUAGUACAAGACAUGGAGAAGAAACCUUUGGACACAGAGCAGAUGACACCUUCUGUUUUGUAGUGUAUCCUGGUGUCAUUUUCUGUGAAUGUGGUCAGGUAGAGUUGUUUUUGUUGUUGUUGGGUUUUUUUUUUUUUUUUUGUCUCUUUUGGUGGGUGGGGGUGGGCUAAAGCCAUAGGAAGAAAAAUGUGAUGUAUGUGUCCAGUAUGUACUAUUUUGUUUUUGUUUUGCGAGAAGAGUUGAACUAUUUUUGAUAACAAGAGUAAAUGGUGGAAAAUG